UCCGGUCCGGAAAGGACACAGUGCUCUGUUCCUGCACGGGACAGCGCGGUCGCCGCCAGCGUCGCCUUUUCUUCUCUGCGGCACUGUCCGCCGCGGACCCUCGUCCUCCAGAAUCCCCGGGGUAGCAAGGAGAGGGUCAGAGGCGGAGCAGCCGCAGCGGCCAGCGGCGGCGGCGGCGGCGCGGCGACGCGAGGCAAGAAGAGAUGGAGUACCGCAACAAGAUGGUGCUCGCGCCCAUGGUCCGCGCGGGUACUCUGCCGUUUAGGCUAUUGGCUGCUGAAUAUGGCGCGGAUAUUACGUAUGGAGAAGAAAUAAUAGAUCAUAAGUUUGUGAACUGUCAACGUGUUAUAAAUGAAUCUCUUGGGACAACUGAUUUUGUGGAGAGAGGGACUGAUAGUGUUGUUUUCCGAACAUGCCCGCAAGAAAGGGACAAGGUUGUCUUUCAAAUCGGCACGUCAGAUGCUGUGAGAGCACUUAAAGCUGCUGAGAUUGUGUGUAAUGAUGUUGCUGCUAUAGAUAUCAACAUGGGCUGUCCAAAGGCUUUUUCUGUCAGUGGAGGAAUGGGUUCUGCAUUACUCUCCAAACCUGAGCUUAUACAUGAUAUUUUGACUACAUUGCGGAGGAACUUGAACACACCAGUGACAUGUAAAAUCCGUCUACUGAACACACGUCAGGACACUGUGGAGUUGGCACGCCGGAUUGAGAAAUGUGGUGUUCCAGCUCUGGCUGUCCAUGGAAGAAAGGUCAAAGACAGGCCAAGGGAUCCGGCUAAGUGGGAUGAGAUUGCUGAUGUUGUAUCCGCACUGUCAAUUCCAGUUAUAGCUAAUGGGAAUGUAUUUGAGUACGAAGAUUUUAAGAGAAUCAAAGAUGCUACAGGUGCCACAUCUGUAAUGGCUGCUAGAGGUGCCUUGUGGAAUGCCUCCAUUUUCUCUGCUAAAGGCAAAGUACCUUGGGAGGAUUUCAAAACAGAGUAUGUGAGAAAGACUAUUUUGUGGGACAACGAUAUUAAGAGCACAAAGACAACGCUAAGAGAAAUCAUAAUGCACUACAUUUGCCUUGAAGGGACUGAAGGGAAAGGUGUGAUAAAGUGUGGUUUGUCAGCAGAUGUAGCGAGACUUUACGGGGAAGAGGAUUACUAUAAUUUUGUUGUUUCAAAUAGGAAAUGAACAAAACAGGAUUUUGCUAACCUCUAUGUGACCCAGCUUCUGCUUGGAUCCCUCGGUUGGUUUUGUUUUAUGAAUGUUUUCUCCGGAGAUCUUUGCAUGAGUUUUGGAGAAAUUCACAUAUCACCAAAGAAGAGUGCAGUUUUGGCUUUUGCACUGUGCCAUCUUGGUAUCUGAUCAAGAUCAACUGAGGAUUCAUGGAUUCGUUAUUUCGUGGGGUACAGUUUUGCACCGUGUUCUUAUAGGAUUUUUUUGACAACAAAGGCCGUUGAUUUAGACUGACAAGAAUCUAGAAGCAUUUUGAGAUACUGUAUUCUUUCCAUUACUGACAAAAUAUAUAAUCCAUGACUUGCUGAUAGACACCAUUUCUGUAAGCUUACAUAUAUUUUAGUUAUUCUGCCAAUCUGGAUCGCCUAAAGGCUGUGUCAUGUAUUAUUGAUGGAAAUCGUGUUAUUUGGGAAGUUCAAGACCUUAUUGUGUUACCUGACACUUGGGUUAGAUCCAAUUGUCUCUCAGGGUCCAAAUGCUUUGGAGUUGUUUGAUAAAAGAAAAAAACAGGAUUUUGUGAGAAUUUUAUUCCUUGGAAACAAUCGCUGUGUGGGUUUGUACUUUGUACAGUUUGCAGAUUUGUUAUUGCGCAGAAUUUACAGCAUUUGACUUCGGCCUUGGUUUUGUUCCUUGACUUCAUCCCAUGCAUAUGAUGCCUUUCAAUCUGGUUGCUCUGACAGGCAUGAAACUGCCUCUUGUAUCUUAUGGAUUCUGGAAGCACAAAGUCUGCAUCACCCGUGACAUCAUAGACCAUAUGAGACACAUGCUAUUUCUUCUGGAAGGACUUGUUGGUAUAUAUGCUACUGUAUCAUAAUAUCUCACUCAGAUAAUUUGUUGCAACGGACCAAUUAUUUUCCUUGGUUGCCGUCUUCUAGAUGCCCAGAGCAAUGUUUUUUCUUUGGGGUAAUUCAAACCAAUUUUACUGAGCAAUAUUUUUUUCAUCAAAAGACAUAACUUUCUGAGUUAAGAAAGAGAUAAAACCAUAUUUACGUCAGAAAGAUGUUCAAUGGAUCUGUAAAAAUAUGCUCAACACGCU